GCGCAAGAUAAGUUUUAAGAUGUCAUAAUUCGGAAAAUAUUUUGUUGUUGGGAGUUCAAAAAUUCAUAUAUACUCAAAAAAUGGUUUUUAACAUAGCCGCCUUUUCAUAUAUUGUCGCAUUAAUUUGUGACGCUGUUUUAAUAUUUUUUUCAAUAUUACACAUAAUUGCUUUUGAUGAGUUGAAAACAGAAUACAAGGAUCCAAUAGAGCAAUGUAAUAGUCUGAAUCCGCUUGUUCUUCCAGAAUAUGGAAUACACGUAUUUGUUAACUUUUUGUUCCUCAUAAGUAAUGAAUGGUUGUCAUUACUGCUAAAUGUUCCUCUGAUUGCAUAUCACAUUAAUAGGUAUCGUAACCGACCUGUUAUGUCGAGGCCAGGUCUCUAUGAUCCUACGAAUAUUUUAGACGCAACUAGUUUAUCAAAGUGCCAACGUGAAGGAUGGUUUAAAUUAGCCUUCUAUUUAAUUUCCUUCUUCUACUAUUUAUACGGAAUGAUCAGCUCUCUUAUUCAUUAGGAUUAUUUGAAAACUAAUUGUUUUUACCAUUUUUACAACAAAUCAUCAUCUCUAUCCAGGCGCGAAAUAAUUAGAGAGAGAAAUGCUGCUGACUUGCUUCCUACUUGGAUUUUUAAAAACAAAACAAUGUUCGUGACUUGCAAAAUAAUAAUACUGCAUAUUUUAUACUCAAGAUCAGUUUUCUUUUUGCAAUAAAAAAAAAAUGCUGUUUGUCAUAUUGUCAAAAACGGAAAAGUACAAAUUGAAUAUAUUUGUCAUCAGGUACAGACAUUUUUUUUAUAAUUUUCAUUAUAAAUGUACAUUAGUUUUUAAGCAGUGAAUUUGUUUUUGCAAAAAUUUGUAAAAUGUAAAUAUAGGUAAGAUGGAAUUUUUAAGUACCUAAA